CAGCAGCAGCAGCAGCAGCAGCAGCAGCAGUAGUAGUAGUAGUAGCAGCAGCACCAACAACUACAACAACUUUAAGAACGACUAUAACAUCAGCAAUAACAAAAUUAAUUGUAAACAUUUGUUGUUCUCUAUUUACAAUUCACAAACACAUCUACCCAUACAACUGCACAUUUGCAUACUUAUAAGUAAAAAAUAAUAAAAAUAAAAAAAAUAAAAAUAAAUUCUUUGUUCUGUUCUCAACUAUCAAAUGAGAUAAAAAAACAAAAAAACAAAAAAAAAAGUACUUUUUAUACGGGUAUGCACGAGUAAACAACAAAGAAACUUAAAACAGUAACAACAAUUGCAAUAACAGCAGCAACAUUCCAUUACUACUAUAGCAUCAUAGUAAAACUGGGCGCAUACAUGUAGAAGCAGAUAAAAGACAAAAUUCCAUCAGUAUUUCGUGUUCUAUAUAAAAUCUCUUAACAGUUGAAUAACCCUCGACAUUUACAUCGAUUGCAAUAUUAUGGAGAAAUCGAUGCAGCAACCUACGGCGGUUGGUAAAGUUUCGCAGAUUGCGAAUCUUUUUCAACGCAAACCAAUUGAAAUUCAACCGGUAGAGCAGUUAAGUGCUGCGGCAGCAGCAGCUGCUGCCGCUGCAGCCGCUGUUGCGGCAAAUAACUCUGGCAAUCCAGUUACUGUGGUGCGGACUGAAUCGCAUUCGGCUCGCUUCAAUAAUGCUCGUGCCCUCUUCGAGAAGCUGGGCGUAGAAAGCAAUUCGAAUUUGAGUGUGAAACGUUCAGGGUCACGUGAAGAUAAUCUCUGUGAAUUGAAUCAUACGGAACGAUCGUCGUCGCGUUCUUCAGAUAGAUCGGCUUCGCCGCCAAAACGUCGUUCACCAUUUCCGUCGGGAUGCCAAGUGGCCGCUUCAUUAGCGAAUAAUAAUUGUAAUCAACUUAAUGGAGGUCCUACGUUAAAUACUUCAAAAUUCAUUAUGGAACCCAGUCCAAAAUUUCAGCAUAACAUUUCUAGGCUUAAGAUAGAAGACAAUGAAAGAUCUGGCGGCACUUCGGCGGCGGGGAGUGUAAGUGCUUUAUUAGCAAAUGAUAAACCGGAGAAGCCGGAACGCAAAUUCAAUUCGCGCGAAUUGAUAGAAAAACAAAAAAAAUGGACUUCACAUUUUACAAAGACCAAAACCACACGAUCUCAUAGCGAUCAAAAUCGUUGCGAUAUUAUACGCACCGGCCCAGGUACAGUACUUAUACCAAGUUCAAUGAUACAAAUGAAAGAAAAUCAACAGAAUAUCGCGUGCACCACCUCCUCUUCAACUAAUCUGAAAAAUUCUUGCCAAACGGAUUCACGUCCAGCCAUUGUUACAAAUUUAACACAAGAUGAAAAGCCUCCCAGCCCACCUAUACGACAUUUUUCGGUGCCGCCAGAAAUUAAGCCGAGAAGCACCAACAAAAUUGGUAGUCCUGUUAAGUCACCACCUUUGCCACCCAUACCAGCAGCUAAACCCAAAAAUUUAAGUCCCGUGAAAGUGAAUCCCGAGCGUGUACGAUCGCCAACGAAAAUAUCGGAGGCACCGCCACCGCCGCCACCAACUAAAUCGGCAGCGGUGGCUGCCGCUCAACAACGUAGCAUUGAAGAGCAAAAUGGUUUAGCGCCAAUACCACCGGAAAAACCUCGCAAAAAAUCCAUAGAUUUAAUUGAAGGCGAUGAUCGUAAUAAUCUAUCCUCACCCUCAAGUACAGCAUAUAUAUACGCAGCUAAACGCGCCUCGAUUGAUAGUGUAGGCAACAGUAUUUCAAUGACUAACGGCAAUGGUAUUAUGAGCGGCAGCACCUCAAUAUCAUCAUCGGCAGCAAGCGCUUCGUCGGGGCCUUCCUCGCCCGUGCACACCGAAGACGAGAAACAGGAAAACGAAUCUACCGAGAAAUCUGAAAUGCAGUAUUAUAAUAGUAUGUCGCGUAGACGUCGCAACGAAAUUGAAGGACGCUCUAAUAAAAGCUCAGAACGUUCACAGCAGCAGCAGCAGCAGCAGCAGCAUCAUCAUCAGCAGGAUGUUACAGACAAUGCCGGAGAAAAUCAUAAGCAGGUCACAUCACCACAACGCUCUUCCAGACGUAUUUCUAGCAUUUCAAUAAAUAUGCCCGCAGCCGGUCUAGGCAAUCGGCCACCAAGUAUAAUUUCCUACAGUAGCAAUAAUACAAGUAACGCCAGCACCGAUGAGGGCGGUUUUAAUGAGCCCUCGCCAGAAAUUAAAGCUAAACUAAUGCCUGCCUAUGAUUAUGAGAAUUCAAAUAUUCAACCUCUGCAACAAGCGCGUUUAUCUCAAAGUCCCACUAAAGCAGCGAAACAUUUUGAUCUCAAUUCGGUUGUUCUUGACGAGAUGGAGAAACCAAGUUUGAAUUACGUCGAUGUUGGCUAUCGUUUAAAUCCCGACGGCAGUGAGUCGCGAGAGGUGUACGGUGAAACCGAGCUAUAUGAUACUGCAACCAAGAUAACUGAUAUGCAUAAGAAAUUUCAUGCCAAUGGUUUUGCUCAGGAGACAACCACUGUUUAUGCCAUAAUUAAACCCGAUAUACUGCCUUCAACUGAGCUCUACUAUGGAGGUAAAAAUUUGGAUAAAGAACGGACAACCGUUAUGUCGCCUAUAAAAUCAAAUUCUGGCGCAAAUUCUUUAAUGGGUUCCCCCGUUAAAAGUGCCUCAUCGCCGCCUGUAGGCGUCGUUUCACCUAUACGUCGUCGCAGCUCAGAGAUUAGUGUAAAAUCUACACCACCGAUGUCUCCCGCGUCAUUGGGCAGCAAUGCAAACUCCUCGUCAAAUUCGCGUUCAGUAAGCUCAGUAACUAAAGGCGUCGCUCCCAUCGCUUCUCUAGAUGUAAACGAAGAUUUCGAAACAGGUGAUAUACCGGCUCUACCUGAACGACCUCCUCCACAAUUAGCUUUGGAUUUACAAGACUUGGAAUAUGCUGACACAAGUGCCGGCGAAGAUGAGGAUGAACUUGUGCGAACUAUCGAAGGAGAUGCGAUCGCUUUAACUGAAGAUUUAUACGAGACGGCUGAAGUUAAGAGUAGUAGUUUAAUAACGUCACAAACAACAGCCCCAACUUCUGAGCCCAUAAAUCGCGAUGACAGUUUACCAGACGCCAUGACAGCUGAUGAAGCGGAGCGUUUGUUGAGUUCAAGAAUUUUGGAAAGCAAAAUAAGACAACAAUCGCUUCUGUCAGAUGAGCAAGCAAAAGAAGUUGAGCAAAUACUGUCAGCAGCACCCAAUGUAGGAGUAGCUGUAGCUGCUGUGGUUGCAACAGCCACUUCGCCAACUUGCAUUAAAAAUCUCAUUGAGGAAACAACACCACAGACACCCUCGCCGCCUGCACAACAACAGCAGCAACAUCAAUCAAUAGAUUUAAAUAACCUGAACAAUAAUAAAUCUGUUAAUGAAUUUAGUAACGAUAGCACCGAAAGUCAAGUUAGCGGUGAAAAUGAGCGAAAUUUAGAUGCAGGUGUAGCACUGGUGACAAACAAAUUGUCCAACUUUUACAACGACAACAAUGCGGAUAAUGAUGAUGAUGAUGACGAUGAUGAUAAUGAUGAUGAUGAUGACAAAGAUAUUGAAGAUGUUGAUGUUGUCGGUAUAAGUGCUGCUAGUGAAUGCUUAAAUACAACGUUUACCUUCACUAACAAUAAUAUUCAAUUAGACCAUACACGUCAUGAUGACGAUGAGCCAGAAUGGUUGCGCGAUGUUCUAGAAGCACCCAAGCGUAGUUUAGAGAAUUUGUUAAUCUUGCAAACAAAUACAGAGUAUAAGGAUAUACCUCGUCGUGAUACUGUGACAAGCGAUGUAGUGGUCGUGACAACUGCAUCAAAAAUCGAGACUACUUAUGACGAAGUCAAUGACAGUACAACGAUUUAUAUAUCAGCCUCAGGCAGUAACGAUCAGUUACAGUCACGCUCCCCUAUCAAGCAAGAUCAGCAAGAGUCAUUAUUGAAUCGAUCUUUCCUUCAAGAUUCCGGCCCAAACAGUAUACAACAACCGAAUGGUAAUAAUAGUAUCGCCAACGAAUCACUACAUGAGUCUUUAGUAUCUGUUGAAUCGACCCAAUCGGAUGUGACUCUAAAUCAAACAACAACUAUUGACGAUAGCAUUAUAUCGAGUAAACACAAUUCAACAUAUUCGUUAGCGGAAAAUGAUCAGAAUUCUUUAAAUACAACAACAACCACAGCCACAGAAUUAGAUGAGUCUCAAUAUUAUAUACCCGAAUAUCCGCCCAUACGCAGUAAAGAAGUGUACGUGGAGGGCGGUGUGCAUUAUUUUGAAGAUGGCAAUUUUUGGAUGGAAGUACCAGGUCUUUUAGAUUUUGACGACGACGAGCUCUCUUAUCCUCCUAUACCUAUUAAGAAAAAUCCCAAAGUGCGUUUUAGUUCGGGACCUAUUCAAGUUUAUUCCACGUUUUCUGUAACAGACUAUGAUCGUCGCAAUGAAGACGUUGACCCGGUGGCUGCUUCCGCAGAGUAUGAGCUGGAAAAACGUGUCGAAAAAAUGCACGUUUUCCCUGUCGAACUGAUGAAGGGGCCCGAAGGUUUAGGUCUUAGUAUUAUUGGUAUGGGUGUCGGUGCCGAUGCCGGUCUCGAGAAAUUAGGCAUAUUCGUGAAAACUAUAACCGAUAACGGUGCAGCUGCUCGUGACGGUCGCAUACAAGUUAAUGAUCAAAUUAUCGAAGUCGAUGGUAAAAGUUUAGUGGGUGUCACUCAAGCGUACGCAGCUUCAGUAUUGCGCAACACAUCUGGUCUAGUCAAAUUUCAAAUAGGUCGUGAACGCGAUCCCGAGAAUAGCGAAGUGGCUCAAUUAAUACGACUCAGCCUACAAGCAGAUCGAGAAAAGGAAGAAAGGCUGAAAAGACAACAAGAAGAAUACCUUAGACGUACCCUUGACUAUUCAGAGGACUCAACCCAGCCGGUUUCGGCCAAUUCAAGCGUUUGCGAGGGACCCACCAGUCCUGUGCAAGUCGAACAUCCCAUGGAGGUCGAAGCGACGCAUUCACAAGAGGUAGAGUCUCUUAAGAGACUACUACAAGAGCAUAAAGCGAGCGAAAUCAACUGCCUUUUGAAAGAAGACAUUAUAGAAAAUCUUAAGCGAAAGCUAGUCAAAUUGGAGACGACUGGUAAUGAAAAUGAAUUGCUCAGUGAACGUUUACGUCAGAGUGAACGCGAAUUAGGUAAUAUUAAGAAAGAGGCUGCCAAUCUGCAGAAUAUGUUGCAACAAUCCCAGGCUCAGUAUAUGGCUUUGGAUAAGAAAUAUAAUAAAGCGAAACGUUUAGUACGCGAAUAUCAGCAACGUGAAGUCGAUAUGUGCCAUCGUGAAGAAUUUUAUCAGCAAUUGCUGCAAGAAAAAGAUACCGAAUAUAAUGCUUUAGUGAAAAAGUUAAAGGAUCGUGUCAUUAUAUUGGAACACGAGUUGCAAGAGACACAACGUAAAGCUGGUUAUGCGAUUAGUCUACCUUAUGACAGUGCCACACUUAAGCUAACGCCGCAAAUGAUGCGUAGAGCACCACCGAAGCCUUUGUUUCAAAAACUGGAGACUGAAUUAUCCGAUACCGAAAUAUCGGAUUUGUCGCCGGAUGGUGAGGGCGUUAAGACUGCCACCGUGGAACGUAAGAAUCCCGUUAAGGAUGAAUUGGAUGCUGCAGUGCCACAACAUGAAUUGCUCGAUAAUUCAGCUAAUAAAACGAAAAUCGAUUUGGCUUCCCGUGGUGGUUUAGCAAAUCGUCAAUUGCCCUCGACCAGCAAUUCAAACACCAGUAGUAGCGCUUCUAAUGUCACUACCGCUACCACGGUAGCUGCUGCCAAUAGUACUAACAAUUUAUCGAAACGCACGCUUAGCAAUAGCAGUUCAGAUUGCGCUUUGGAUGAUAGCGAAGAUGAUGCUUCCGCUUUGCUGUUGGCUGCUCAACAACAUAACUCAACCCAUGAUCUCACCCAUACGAAUGGAGUUGUUGUACAACAACAACAAAUUUCAUCAUCUCAAAUGCAUCAUAAUUUGUUGAGUAACGGUCAUAAUCAUCAGUCACAUCAUCAAAUGUUACAACAGCAAUUACUAGGCACGGGUAUAGCGGGUACCACAACGGCCAUAUUACUUAAUUCCACCUCCUCAUCAUCGUCAACUAACUCUAGCGUAGUGGCUGCGGUUAGCGCAGCAACCGCAGUCUCAACUGUUGCUACUACUGUAACUGCACGUGAACAGCAAAUUAAUCAAUUAUACGCUCAAGUUCAUAAGGAUCACAAAGGUCUAUUCAAAAAUAGUGUGGGCUCGCCCGGUGACAAUGCCAGUCCAAAUGAUUUCCAUCGUGGCGGCAUGACCACAUUCGGCACCACAAAUCGUGAUCUCAAUAGCUCGUACGAUUCCAUUUUAGGAUCGAACGAUAAACUAUCUGAAAAUGAACAGUCCACAGAUAAUUGGAUGUAUCCUAGUCGUCGACGUGUGGGACCAACAGGAGCUGUUAUAACCGGCGGCGGUAAAUUGCAGCCGUCAUCAUUUACAGAACAAUUGAAUCAAGCUUUGACCGAGAGAGAAAGACGUAUGGGUGGUGAUGGUUCAUCACGACAUUCCAGCGAUGAUUAUACGGAAAUAAAUAAGACUCAGUCUGUGGCAGCAAUUAAUUGUAAAACAUUAAUCAAUGAAAUACGACAGGCAGUUAAUGAGGCACAACCAAAAGUUAAACAAGUUAUGCCAAAAUCUUUAUCUCCGCCCGGUACAGUACCCUGGCAGCAGCAGCAACCGAGUCAUAACAAUGGCCCGCCUUCACCGACCAGCAUGUCUUCGGGCUGCUCCUCGCCUGGUUAUUCACCUAGCAAAGGCAUGGAUUUGUCAGGGUCCAGUUGCAGUUUUUCAGAACGCAAAGGAGGCUACAAUUUCAAGGGAGGACCAGUACACGAAUGGUCUAAAGAACAGGUGGGACAUUGGUUGAUGGGCAUUGAAAUGGAACGUUACAUUCCAGUUUUCAAAGAGCAUAAUGUGGAGGGCGGUGCUUUACUGUCUUUGGACUCGCGUGAAUUGAAAAUGCUCGGAGUGCUUGGCGAUGAUAAAAGUCGUUUUAAACGGCGUCUCAAGGAUCUCAAGGCUAGCAUCGAAAAGGAGCGAAAAGAUCAAGAACGUGAGCGUCGAGAACGUGAAAAAGCCAUACGUAAAGCUGAAAAGAAAGCGGCCAAAAAGAAAUAGAAAAAUGCUAUUUUAAUAUAUUAAGCAUUAUAUGCAAAUAACUCUAGAAACAUAGAAUCUAUUUGAAAUAUUUAUACCACAGCACAUACAUAAAAAACAUUAAAAAAAAAGAAGAAAAAAAAGAACAACAAUAAC